AUUUUUCAUAUCGAUCAGUUUUCUCUCAAAGCUUUUGCUACCAACAGCUUACCAUCAACUUCCCAGUUUUAGUGAAAUGGGUUCCCUAACAGUGCCUACGCUCCCUACCAUCAACUUCUCCAUUGAAGACUUGAAGCCUGGUUCAGCUUCUUGGCUAUCCACUGCCAAACAAGUCCGGUUUGCGCUCGAAGAAUACGGCUCUUUCGUGGCACAGUAUGAGCAAAUUUCUGCAGAACUUUUAAACAACAUGUUUGGCCAAGCCAAAGAUUUGUUUGAGGUUCCCAAAGAAAACAAAGUCAAGAACGUUGGUGAGGAACCCUAUCGUGGGCAUAUGGGUCCAAACCCUGGCUUGCCACUCUAUGAAAGCUUGUGCAUCGAUAAUGUGACAUCCCCACAAGAAACCCAAAAGUUCAAAAAUCUCAUGUGGCCUGAAGGAAAGAGCAACUUCUGUGAAACCACAGAUUCAUUUGGGCAGUUAUUGGCACAUUUGGAACACACUGUUGAGCAACUGAUGUUCGAGAGCUAUGGGAUUGGAAAGCAAUACGAGUCAGUUGGUAGUUCGAACGGUCACCUUCUUAGAUUCAUCAGAUAUACAGUACCAGAGGACAAGGAUGCCACCGUAAGGUUUCCGAGCCACACAGACAUAAACUUCACCACCAUUGUUGUUCAGCAUGAUAUCGCUGGCUUGGAGGUCAGAACCAAGGAAGGUGAUUGGAUUAAUGUUGAGUGUGCACCCUCAAAAGCACAGUUCGUAUUCAUGGCGGGUGAUGGAUUGCAGGUAUGGAGCAAUGACAGAGUGAAAGCUUGCCACCACAGAGUGAAGCACUGUGGAAACAAGACAAGAUACUCAAUUGGGCUCUUUACAUUCAACAAUGGGAUUUUCCAAGUGCCAGAAGAAUUGGUGGACGAAAGCCACCCACUCCUCUAUAACGCAUUUGAUAGCCGUGCCUUUAUUCGGAAAUAUGCUGCUACUCCUGAGCUCAAGAAGGAAGCUUCACCUAUCAAGGCCUUCGCCGGUGUCAAAGCUUAAUUGCAGUAUGUUAUGGUCAAGGCCGGCCCUGAGAAUUUGAGAGUUGUGUGCGAAACUUAAACUGAAUUAAAUUAUUAAUUUUUUUAAUAGUUAUGAUUGUUGAUUUUAUAAAAUAAUAUAUAAGCCAUAAUAAAUGUAUUUGUAGUUUUCUUGGCUUCCCGACUGAUGAAGGAGUGGGUAAGCAUAUAAAAUGGGAACCACUACCCACCA